AAAAACAAACGGUUGUCGGCAGCUGGUAAACGGGCAUGGGCAGCUCAUGGCCGUCCACGUUCCCAACCCACCUGUCCUGCUAGAGGCCCAGAGAACCGGCACAAGGGUGUUCAGCGGUCUGGAAGAGUGCGCCCUCCGCCACGCACCGGCCCUUGCUCAGCUUGCCCAUUGCCUACGCUCUUGCUACGGACCUGCCGGAAGCCUAAAGUUGCUGGUCACUCGCUCGGGCAGGACCCUGAUUAGUGGCAACUCCCUUGCCAUCCUUUCAGAGCUGGAGAUAGAACAUCCCGCUGGGAGUUUGGCGCGCCAGGGAUGCCAAACGCAAGCCCAGGAGUGUGGGGAUGGCACUGCCACUGUGCUUCUGCUGGCCGGGGCUCUCAUGUCUGAGGCCGAGAUUCUGCUGAGAGCCGGGAUGCCAGCCACUGAGCUGUGCUGUGGAUAUAGGCUGGCAUGUGCCCACGCCUGCCAGGAGUUAGUGGCACAAAGCCUCUAUCCGUGGGCCGCAGAUGGAAAGCAUCCUAUCUUUCGUGGCAGUACAUCUGCUGAUGAGUUAUCGGGCACGGUGUGUCAGCACGAGUCCAGUCACCAUCCUAUGCCAUCUGCUCAUCCUGGAUGCUUGCCAUUAAAUCUGUUGCCAUCUGGAGAACUGCGUCAGACCCUCCUCCUGAGAUACACGUUAGCAUAUGCUGCCACCACUGCACUGACUUUUCCGCUCUUGAAGGGCACAGCAUGUAAUGAUCUAGUGGAGCAGGCCUGCUCGGUGCCAAUCGGUGACGAUCCAGAGUCUCUUCAAGUGUUGGGAUUCCCUGGAGGCAGUAUGGAUAAUUCUUGGGUAGUUAAGGGGGCGGUGUUGCAGCUGGAGCCCCUAGGGACAACUAGAGGGGUGGACAGCGCAAGAGUGGCACUUUACAUGUGCCCAUUUGGUGAGCAGAGGACAAAGGGAACUGGCACCACCUUGAUCGAGCUGGUGCAGGAACUGGAAGAACUGGGAGCUGGGAGAGAGCAGGUGGAGAGACGUCGGGUGGAGUCGCUGUCCGAAGCUGGAGUGACGUUGCUGGCGGUUGCAGGGGCGGUGAGCGAGCUGGCACUUCACUUCUGCAAUCAGGCUGGGAUCUUGGUGGUGAAGCUGGAACGGCGCAGCCAGGCCCGCCAGUUGGCGCUGGCAUCCGGAGCUCAGGUACUCACCACAGACCAACGAGCCCCUGAGCCUGAAGACAUAGGGCAUUGCCAAAGAGUUUACCCAACAGAAAUUGGAGAGGAACAAACUCUAGUGUUUGAAUCGGGCCACCAGGUGAGAGGGGGCCAAAUUACCGUGGUGGUGAGGGCGGCCACCCCACAUCUGGUGGAGGCUUGUAAAGAAGUCAUAAGAUCUGCAGUCCAGUGCUACAGGGCUCUGAGGGAGGAACCAAGGAUGGUGGUGGGCGCCGGGGCCAUAGAGAUGGAGCUCAGCCUACAUCUGGAGAGGUUGGGCCAGCAUCAUCCUGGUCUAGAACAGCAAGGGUUAUUGGCCUUCUCCCGGGCACUGGUGACUCUCCCCCGUACACUGGCUCGUAACUGGGGUCUAGAUGAGAUGAGGGUAAUGGGGGAACUCAGAGUUAGGCACGAGAGGGGAGAGGUGGGCACGGGCAUAAGAGAAGACGGGGUGGUGUCAUCUCAAGUGCUGGACCCACUCAUGGUAAAGAGACGAGCUCUACAGCUGGCCACCGACGUGGCAGUCACACUCAUCGGCUGUGGAGAGGUGCUCGUUGCAAAGAAGAGUGGAGGACCAAAGUUCCAAAAAGAGAACCGCAAUUGGGACCUGGAGCCUGACUUCAUAGACUGAGGAACCGUAUUUUACAUACCCUCCAAUUUUGAGAAACCCAAUUCACACCCUGACACAUAUGCAAUGUAUAUAUAAACACCACACAUCUGGUAAUGUAAUCUCGGCAAAUUGUCAUAAUUCCCCUCUGCUUCAUGUGCACUGAGUCUGAGCUCACCAGAAGACCUACAGGCGUUCCUGCUGAUUGAAAGAUCUCUCAGCUGUAAUGUCUGCAUUUCACCACAUGGGGGCAAUAGUGAGCCAAACUCCUGGAAUCCUGCAAUCUGUUUUCUAUAUUCCUCUUACGAUGGGAGUUCUGCUCCAUGCUUGUUCUCCCUAUGUACCAAUAAAAUACAUUUCUGUGGAAUAAA